AUGGGGGUGCACGGCCUCUGGCGUCUCCUCGACACGUUCGGCGAAGUUACACAGCCGGGCGACUGGCGCGGCAAACGUGUUGCCAUUGAUGCGAGCAUCUGGAUAACGCAGUUUCGCGCCCAGUGCGCGGCCGGCGAGAACGUGGAGCAGCGCAUCCUCGAGGGGUUCCUGCUGCGCAUCCUGAAGCUGCUCUUCUACGGCAUUGAACCGAUCUUUGUGUUCGAUGGAAUCGCCACGUCAUCCAAGUCGGCGGAACACCAGCGGCGCGCCCAACGGCGUGGAGCACUGGAGCGUGCGGCUCUGUCGCGUCGCGCUCGUCAAAUUGUUGCGGCGCAGCUGGCAGCAGGUGUGCUUGAUGUGCACGCACUGCAGCGGCGCAGUCCGGCGAAGGCUAGGAUGCUUUCGCCCAGCCCGCAGAGGAUGAUUGGAGGCUGGGAUGUGCCACGACUGCCACUGAAUAGAAGUUCUGUUGUAGUGUCGGGCAGCAGCAGCAGCAGCAGUAACAGCAGUAUCGGUUGUGAUGGCGGUCCGCACAAAGUGUCGCGGAAGCGUCGGCGGAAUAUGCGUCUCAAGCCGGAUGUAAUUUCACGGGACGUCACGAAUUCGUUCUUGUGUGAAGCGGAGGAAUGGAUUGAGCAGCGGAAGCGCGGAGAGAUGUGUCUCAAUUCGAAUGCACUCGGGUAUUCCAGCACUUCACUGUUCAUGGGGCCUCGCCGAGUAGUGGAGGGGCCAAUCGGUGCAUUGGCGGCGAAUGGGGCUCUUACGGGUGGCGUGGCCAACCCGGCAUUACCCACCGCUUUGUCUUCAGGAGGCACCACGGAGUCCUCGGUUAUAAUUGAUGAUGAUGAUAAUAAUGGUGAUAAUAAUGCUGCUAGUGAUGAUUCAGAAGGCCAUGAGACGGUGUCCAGUGGUACCGGCACAGAGGACUCUGUCAUUGUUGUUAGUGGUGACGUGGAGACUUUUGUGAGUCAUCUUCGUGAUUUGGAGAAGGAUGUGAGUAACUCGUCAAACAGCAGUUGCACUGAGUCCUCCUCGGGUUCUGAUGAUGUAAUGAGUGAUGACAGCCCCUUCUGCAGCGGCAGCGAUACCAGCAACAGCGAUGGCAGCGACAAGAGCAAGGGCUCGACCACCUUAUGGAACCCGGGCACACAGCUAGUCGGUUUGACGAGUCCAGAGGGGAAGGCGACGGACCAUAAGGUACCUGAGUGGAGUGACGAGCCACAAACAGUCGUUCCUUUCCACUCGGUCAGUUAUGAGGCCAAUGAGGUAACGGAUGCGGUAAGACCCACAGAAGCAGCAUCCGUACCAGAAGCACCACCACGGCGUUGGUAUAGUUCAAAAGCAAAGCAGACUAUCCCGUUUAACCUGCUUGAAAUUGUGGAGCUACUCGAUUGCUGUGGGAUUCCGUUUGUGCUCAGCCCCAACGAGGCGGACGCGCAGUGUGCCUUCUUGAGUCAGAAGCGUCUUGUCGACGCGGUUUUUACAGAGGACAGCGAUGUCAUUGUCCACGGCGCCGCAGUUGUCCUUCGUGGUUUUUUCGCAAAGGGUCGUCAUGUCGUGGCGUACCACCAGAGCGACCUGCUAGCGUCAGGCGUGGACAAAAACGUCCUGGUCGCGCUAGCACUUCUUCUUGGUUGCGACUAUGCGGAGGGUAUUAAUGGCCUCUCUCUGCUGGAUGCAUUGCACGUGAUCGCCGCUGUGUGGACUAACCCGCAGGGUGGCAGUGACGGUGCUACGCAUGUGUUGGGGAUGCUGCGGCGCUGGCGGUCUGCUGUGACGCAGCGCUGCCUGCUGUGGGACGACGGAAGCACUCUGCUGGAGUUCUACGGGAGACUUGCCAAGUGGAGCACGCUGCGGAUGGAUAGCGGCUUUCCGCAGGCACACGCCGUCGAUGCAUUCUUUAACGCCCCAAUCGAUACGGACGUGGCACCCUUCACUCCAGCCUCGCCAGAUUGGCGGCGUCUGCGCUCUUUCGCCAGCGUGCAGGGUCUCCUUGGUAGUGCCUUGUGCCGUCAGCGGUUGGAUUUGGCGCAGAAGGAAUAUAUGUCACGACAGGCGCAUCUUCAUAACGGAGUUGAGGACCAACAGCAGCGGAAGCUAACAGAGUUCGUUGUGCAGCCGCAGAGGGAUGAGAGACGUGUAUUUAAGAAGCAACCUCCAAGAUACGCAGCUGUACUUUCGACGCUGCGCGACGUGAGGGAAGGGCGGUGUGCGUAG